AUGACUGCCACUCUCCACCUCUACCUUAGUGCCGUUCGGGCCACACUGCAGGCCGCACUUUGCCUGAAGAAUUUCUCCUCCCAGGUCGCGGAGAGGCACAACAAGCCAGAGGUAGAAGUGAGGAGUAGCAAAGAACUCCGGUUACAGCCUGUGACCAUCAGCAGGAAUGAGAAGGAAAAGGUUCGGAUUGAGGGUUCCAUCAACUCUGUUAGAGUCAGCAUUGCUGUGAAACAGGCUGAUGAGUUUGAGAAGAUCCUUUGCCACAAGUUCAUGCGCUUCAUGAUGAUGAGAGCAGAGAACUUCUUCAUCUUGCGUAGGAAGCCUAUGGAAGGUUAUGAUAUUAGUUUCCUGAUUACAAACUUCCACACAGAGCAAAUGUACAAACACAAAGUGGUGGACUUUGUGAUCCACUUCAUGGAGGAGAUUGAUAAGGAGAUCAGUGAAAUGAAGCUGUCAGUCAAUGCUCGGGCUCGUAUUGUGGGAGAGGAGUUCCUCAAGAAUUUUUAGAGCAUUUGACUGGAUCUCUGGCUGCUCCCUCCUCUCAUCCUCUCUCCUCUCUCUGCAAAGCUGCCCUACUGGAGCUCAGAAGAACCCUGGGGCAAGGGGA